AAGUUAGUUCGCGGGCAGGACGUAUGGUUAGGUAAGGGAGCCGAACAAACUAGACAAAUUUUGAAAUGUAUGUGGUGCGCGGAAAGUUUUCGAUCUCUAGCCGAAAUGACGAGUCACAUGCAGCGUACGCAGCAUUAUACAAAUAUCAUAUCUCAGGAGCAGAUUAUCUCAUGGAAAUCAUCCGACGACGGUAAAGGCUCCAACUCGAACGCCCCGGGUUCCAAUAACGCUGUUCCGCCGACCACGGGCACUAGUAGUCACGUUAGUGCCGUAUUAACUUGUAAGGUUUGCGAUCAAGCGUUCAGUUCUUUAAAGGAACUUAGCAAUCAUAUGGUUAAAAAUUCGCAUUAUAAAGAACAUAUUAUGAGAUCUAUUACUGAAAGCGGUGGUAGGAGACGACAAACACGUGAAAAGAGAAAGAAGUCAUUACCGGUUAGAAAACUGUUGGAGCUCGAAAGAGCGCAACAUGAGUUUAAGAAUGGAGAAGGCAACGGAGUUCCGAUGGGCAAACCUAUCAGGGACUUCAGCGCGGGUAGUAGGAUUACUUGUGAAAAAUGCGGUGAUAAAAUCGAGACGGCAGUAUUCGUCGAGCAUAUUAGGCAGUGUAUCGGUGGUCCUAUGUCGAAUAGCCAAAGGAAUUUCCUUAAAAGCGCGCUUCUCUCUAACAAUAUCAUACCACCUGAUGUUCCCGGUCACAUCACACCAACAAGCCGCGAUGGUCGUAAAAGCAUUAACGAGGAACUGCCCUCUCCCGGUUCCGCUCACCAUCGUUCCCCAUCUUCGGUGAACGAUUCAUCUCCAAGUUCCAAAGACGCGAACGCGAGCAACGACAAAAGCUCGUCGCCAUCUGUAUUAAACGCCAUAGAACAAUUGAUCGAGAAGAGUUUCGAUACUCGUUCACGGCAUUCCGUUCCUGGUAUGCCGGGUGCCCCAUCUCACGCUCCCAUCGGUUCUAGUAUCCUUAAAAGAUUAGGCAUAGACGAGAGUGUAGACUAUACCAAGCCAUUAGUAGACCCACAAACGAUGAGUAUGUUAAGAAGUUAUCAUCAUCAGCAAGGGUACGGACGUCGCGAGCGCAGUGGCAGCGAGUCAAGCUCGAUGUCGGAAAGGGGCGGUAGUAGAGUCGAAUCUCUCACUCCCGAUAGGAAAUUAGAUGCGUAUCACAUGACGCCUCGCACGACGCCAGACACGCGAGGUUCACAAACUCCCGCGUCCGAAGAUCGUCCCACUGAAGUUAGGAUAAAGAAGGAAGUAACGGAUGAGGACGAACGCGAGAACGGUGUCGAUUUGAGCAAUCAAACGGUUCGCGUUAAAACCGAAGUGGAGGAGGAAGAAGAGCCGGCUAGGCCGAACAGUGCGACGGAAGAGGACGUAAAACCGACGAUCCCAAAGCGCGAAAGCGAAGGCCCUAGUCCAGCAGCUAGUCCUCGAAGUCCAUCAAGUGAUCGGUCCGGACCCACUCCGGGUUCAGACAGAAAGCCGGCUUCCAGUUUAGGCGCGCUUUCGUCUAUGUUCGAUAAUUUAGCUGGAGGUGGAUCUAAUGAGCCCAGUUCUUCUCGCCGCGGUGGGAGUCAUCCUCUCGCGGCUUUACAGAAGUUGUGUGAUAAAACGGAGAGCAAUCCUUCGCGAGCCCCGCCCCCGGCGCCAUCGCCCGCUGGCCCUCCGAGCAUCUUGACAUUUAGUUGGGCGUGUAACGAUGCCGUCGUCACAGAUUCAAUUAUGAAGUGUGCUCUCUGCGACACUCCAUUUAUAUCAAAGGGCGCUUAUCGACACCAUCUUUCUAAAAUGCAUUUCGUAAAAGACGGCGCUCUACCAGAGCCAGUCCCCGUGAAGGCUCCACAAGCGGCUGGUUCGCCUGGCACCCACAAGGGUGGUGGCUCGAAUGCUGCUUCACCCCAAGACCCUCGAAGUCCCUCCCAGUCCUUCGAAGAGAGUCCCCACUCCAAGUUCCUCAAGUACACGGAACUCGCGAAACAGCUAUCCAGCAAAUACGUGUAGAUAGGGUCGAAUCGGCCAUCAGUUGUGAUGAUAUCAUAUCCCGCUACGUUGAACCUAGGUACCUAGGUUUUAGUCGCUGCGGCGACGCUAAGUAUUUCGAAACUCUUUGCCAAUUUAAUUAUUUUAGGUAAUCGUUAGAGUUCACCGCAUAGUUCGGUUAGUGUAAUUAUUAAUAGCAACAUAAGUAUACGCCAAACGUCUUACGUUCGUUUAGAUAUAAGAGAAUAUUUUCAAAAUAUUGCCUUUAGGUGAAUUGGGUCGGUUGUCUUGCGACGCGCGGUCCUCGCCGGCCGCGGCUUAUCUUCCACACUACGUUGUAAUUCCAUUUUCCAAUUGUAUAUAUAAGUCGCAUUAAGUCUUAAAAGUUCAAUUCGAUCUCUUUGUAAAUGUAUAUUUUUUUCUAAUGACCAGAGGAGUGAGGUUACUUUCGCGAUCCGGUAUCGCUAUUUGGAUCGACUUCGCGCGAUGAAUGCGUUUAGACGUCGCAACGUUGACCUUCAGUAUUCGAUAAUAAAACUGUUGCAAUAUCAUUUUCUUUCGCGUUACUUAAUUUUUCUAUGUAAAUCGGAGUUAGGCUUAACGUCCUUAGUUAUUCUAUGUAUAUUUUGAAGGUGUCGUGAGGUGGAACGGCGGCCGAUGCCCGCAAUCUCGGAGAUUCAAUCUCAGUCGGCAGUACGUUGUACAUACGUGAUUCGUCAUUGAAUGCAAUAUAACAGUUUUCUUAGUGUAAAUUUCGCUCUAGAUCCAUACGCUCUCCCCGCGAGAUUGCUAUUUAUUAUUUAGUGAUAAGUGCGUAAUUAGGUGACCUUACUGUGAACACUUGUAUACCAUUGUACCAGCGUUAUUAGGUUGUCCAAACCAAGCUAUAUAUUAAAAAAGUGAUAAUACGUUAUACAAAUUUCAUUUCUUUAAAGGACGACUACAUUCGUAUACGGUUAGACUUUCGAUUGUAUUGAGAGAAAAGCUUCCAAUUUUAACAACAAGAUAUACGAGUUGUAUAUACGGUACUUGCGAGUGAAAAACUCUUUUAUAUUUAAUAAAAAUAUUGUAAACUGUCUAAAAUAAGUUUCAGAAGAUAUCAAUCGAUUCAUUUUGCGAUUUGCGAAUUCGUAAUGUAACUGUUAAUCACGUUAGUGUACAAUUUGUUUUUAUUUUAUUAAAUUUGUUCGUAGGCUCUAUGACCGUUUCCUUUUCGUUUGUUUUUUUUUAAUCAGAUAUAUCUGUACUUAUAUUUGUUUUGACAGUUAUCUUACGAAUACGCAUCACAAGUGUGAUGUUUAAAAUCGAUAAACUAUCAUUUUAACGAUAAUUAAUGAAACAUACGACAAAUAUUAUGUAUACGCUAGCUCUGAUGAGAGAUUUUUGCUCAUUCAUUAAACG